AUGAAAUUAUGCUGUCCGGAAAAUUCAUAUUUAAUUAAUAAUUCUAAUAUUUGUUCGGAUAAUAAAACUCGUUACGAUUUACAUUGCGAAACUGGAGCGUUACUCCUGGAUCCAAACGAUGGUGAUGAUGAUGAUAAAUUUACAAUUGAAUCAAAUGGAAGUUUGAUCAUUUUCAAUGGAGAAGAAAGAAAUCAAGACGAGUUUUGCGUUGGAAAAAUAUUAAAAAACGAUUCGUCGACGUCGUCGAAUUUUGUAGCAUUGGUUUGUUUUCGAGAAAAUGAUUAUAAUUCGUCGUCGUCGGAAGAUUCAAAUUUCAUAUCGAUACUAUUGAGACUUUUCAUGAUAAUAUCAAUAUUAUUCUUAUUGAUAACACUUUACAUAUACGCCAUUUUACCCAAUUUGAGAGAUCUUCAAGGAAAAUGCGUUAUUGCAUUUAUAUGUUGUCUCGUUUCUUCCUAUGUGACUUUGUUUGUCAUACAAACUUUUCCAAAUUCGACGCAAACGACGUGCGUCACGCAAGCUGCCAUUUUAUAUUUUUUCCUAUCGUCUAGUUUUUUUUGGAAUAAUGUGAUAACUUUUAACGUAUGGAAUGCCAUCAGAAGAAAAUCUUCGCCGAAAUUUCAUAAUAAUAAAUUUUUGGGUAUUUUUUACGUGUUAUGGGGUUUUGGAAUUCCUCUCCUUAUGGUUGCCAUUUCCUUCAUCAUGGAAUACAUUCCAGGACGAGAUCACGUGAAGCCACAUUUCGGUGAAACUAAAUGCUGGUUCAAAGGUAAAUUGGAAAGCUGGAGUUAUUUUCACGGUCCCGUAUCGGUUUUACUCGUUUUCAACAGUCUCAUGUUUUGUCAUUCGUCUUGGAUGCUGUGGAAAAGAUGUAGAGAUUCAACAAUUUCGACGAUUCGUUCUUUAAAAUUUAAAUGCGUCAUGUAUUUGAAAUUAUUUUUAUUGAUGGGAGUGACGUGGAUAUUCGAAAUGAUUUCAUAUGCGACAAGUGACAUGUCGGAAUACACAAAAUAUUUGUGGUUGUUGACAGACUGCAUAAAUAGCGCUCAGGGCGUUUUGAUAUUUUUAAUACUUGUCGCAUUCCGACAAAAAGUUAGAUUGGGUUUAUUAAAUAAAAAAUUAUUCGGUAUAAGAUGGCCGCGAUCGUGGGCAAACGAAGAAAUACAAGAAUCUUCGACUUCGAUAUUUAUCAACGACGAUAUGGAAUUGGAAAAACAAAAAACAAAAAUUAUGACAAAUUUUCAAAAAGGAAGCGAUACGGAUUAA